UAAGCCUUGUUCUAUGGUCAGCUGACUGUCUUGUGAUAAGUUUCGCAUUCGUUUAAACAAUUUCCAAUAAUCUGGUAGUUUUGUGGGUGAAGUGUUGAAGGAAACAUAAAACACUACUCAAGAUGUCGAAAUUAAUUAAACUUGACGAUGAAGAAAGUGAUGGCCGAUUUGGAUAUGUCCAUAUGGUCUCUGGUCCAGUCGUUACGGCUGAAAAAAUGAGCGGAUCUGCUAUGUACGAAUUGGUCAGGGUAGGGUACAAUGAGCUCGUAGGAGAAAUCAUCCGUUUGGAGGGUGAUAUGGCAACUAUCCAAGUAUACGAAGAAACUUCUGGUGUCACUGUAGGAGAUCCCGUAUUGAGAACAGGAAAACCACUGUCUGUGGAAUUGGGUCCCGGUAUUAUGGGUUCCAUCUUUGAUGGUAUUCAGAGACCUUUAAAGGAUAUUCAUGAUUUGACCCAGUCCAUUUAUAUUCCCAAGGGCGUGAACGUUCCCGCCCUAUCUAGAACAGCGCAAUGGGACUUCAGUCCGAUUAAUAUUAAAAUUGGAUCACAUUUGACGGGUGGAGACAUUUACGGUAUGGUUCACGAAAAUACUUUAGUGAAACAUAAGCUUAUUUUGCCACCUAAGGCAAAAGGUACCAUCACUUAUAUUGCUGAACCUGGCAAUUAUACUGUCGAUGAUAUCGUUCUUGAAACUGAAUUCGAUGGUGAACGCACUAAAUUCACUAUGUUGCAAGUAUGGCCUGUGCGUCAGCCUCGUCCCUGCAGCGAAAAAUUACAAGCAAACCACCCACUUCUCACUGGACAACGUGUACUUGACGCACUCUUCCCUUGCGUGCAAGGAGGUACCACUGCCAUUCCUGGAGCUUUCGGUUGCGGCAAAACUGUAAUUUCUCAAGCUUUGUCUAAGUAUUCCAACUCCGACGUCAUCGUUUACGUCGGUUGUGGAGAAAGAGGUAAUGAAAUGUCUGAAGUACUUCGGGAUUUCCCCGAACUGACGGUCGAAAUUGAGGGUGCUACUGAAUCAAUCAUGAAGCGUACUGCAUUGGUGGCCAAUACCUCAAACAUGCCUGUAGCUGCUCGUGAAGCCUCUAUUUACACUGGCAUCACCCUAUCUGAAUACUUCCGUGACAUGGGUUACAAUGUGUCUAUGAUGGCUGACUCCACUUCCCGUUGGGCUGAAGCGUUGAGAGAAAUUUCAGGACGUCUGGCUGAAAUGCCUGCCGAUUCCGGUUACCCUGCUUAUUUGGGUGCACGUUUGGCCUCCUUCUACGAGCGUGCUGGUCGCGUUAAAUGCCUGGGUAACCCUGACAGGGAAGGAUCUGUGUCCAUUGUAGGAGCCGUAUCUCCUCCUGGGGGUGACUUCUCUGACCCUGUAACUUCCGCCACUUUGGGUAUUGUACAGGUGUUCUGGGGUUUGGACAAGAAACUGGCCCAACGUAAGCAUUUCCCUUCAGUAAAUUGGCUCAUUUCGUAUUCGAAAUACAUGCGCGCUUUGGAUGAUUUCUACGACAAGAACUUCCCGGAAUUCGUGGCUCUCAGGACCAAAGCUAAAGAGAUUUUGCAGGAAGAAGAAGACUUGUCUGAAAUUGUGCAACUGGUAGGUAAAGCCUCCUUGGCUGAAGGCGAUAAGAUCACUCUUGAGGUCGCCAAGUUGCUUAAAGAAGAUUUCUUGCAACAGAAUUCUUAUUCGGCCUAUGACAGAUUCUGUCCUUUUUACAAGACAGUCG